CCGCCCAAAACAUGACAAAACAAGAGUUACGGAUAUGGUGGUAGCUGCAAGCGUAUGCUCAUGGCGACCAAAUUUGGCGCCGCAAUUAUCACAAAAUCUGAAAAGAUUUAGGGUUUAUAGCUCUUUGCCUCCAAUCUCCUUCUCUUCUACCCGUGAAAGAACCUUAUCUCUCAUUCACAAUUCCGGUGUCAUCGCUUGCCUUCGCGCCAAUAGUGCAGAGCUCGCAUUUGAAGCUGCUUCUGCUGCACUGAGAGCUGGAAUCUCAGUACUGGAGAUCGUAAUGUCCACUCCAGGUGUGUUUCAGGUUUUACAACAGCUGGUGAAGGAUCAUCCUACAGUGGCCUUGGGGGUAGGUACUGUUUUAAAUGCUGAGGAUGCUAUAAAUGCAAAGAGAGCUGGGGCCAAAUUUCUCAUGAGUCCUGCAACGGUGAUGGGUAUUAUGGAUGUUGUCCUGGAUGGUGAGGUUCUGUACAUACCUGGUGCAAUGACUCCAACAGAAAUAUUGUCAGCUUAUGAUGCUGGUGCUAAAAUUAUUAAGGUCUAUCCAGUUUCUGCAUUAGGUGGUACUCAGUAUAUAUCAGCACUGAAGAAACCUUUUGCUCACAUAUCAAUGGUUGCUUCACAAGGCAUAAUGAUUGAUUCUGUUGGUGACUAUAUAUCCUGUGGAGCUUCAUCAGUUGUUUUGUCUGAUGCCAUAUUCAAUAAAGAAGCAAUGGCUCAGAAAAACUUCAAUGAAAUUUAUCAACUUGCAUGCCUUGCUAAUUUGCAGGGCCAAGAAGCUGUAGAACGAAAGAGGAACUACAUUCCAAAUUGAAUUUGCUUCAGCAGAGUAUACAGUUUUUAUUCUAUAUUAUCUAUAUCUGAAUAGAUUAAAGCAUUGGAGAAGGAUUUUUUACUGAUGCAGACAGUGUUUGGACAGAUAAUAUAUUACUGACGGACGGCUCAUUCAAAGUUACUAUGCUGAAGCCAUUAAAGAUAAAAUGCGAUAUGGUUUUUGUCAUGCUGAAACUUUUUCUAAUUAAGGUAUGUUUUUUGAGGAUUUUGCAUACGUAGAAUGUAGAAAACAUAAUUAAUGUGAUAGCAAGUGAUGAUAUGGG